UUGCGAGGUGACGUUUCUCAAUGAAAAGUUGAAAAGCGAGGUUUGGGAAGGCAGAACCAAAACAACAUCAUCUGCUGUUAGCUUGUGUGCAAGAUUUCAUUUCCUGCUCUGGAGAUCAGAGUUGUCAAUUAUCCAGCCAUGGAUCUGAGUGGAAUUCUGGUGCAGAUUGAAAACGGGAACGACGAGGAAAUUGAAAAGCGCUUGCAGCAGUACAACGCAGAGAACUGUAAGACAUUUGCUUUUGACUGCAAGCAAGAGGAGGCCCGAAUAAAGCUGUGUCAUGGUAUACUCGCAGUGCUCGGUCAGCCUGUUCAGCCCCAAUGUCAGAGCACCUGUCUGGCGACCAUGCGCAUCCUGUCUCGUGAUAAACGUGUCCUCGGGCCUGUAGCCACUCGCGACGGCAUGGUCACUCUUGUCCGGCUGGCGCGCAUCCCGCUGCCUGACGUCGACGUAGAACCGCUGGCUAAAUCAGAGUCAGCUGCUGAGAUACAGGUAGUGGUGGAGGCGCUCAAGUGCCUGUGUAAUGUGGUGUUUAACAGCAUGGCAGCACAGCAAGUGGGUGCAGACGUGCAGCUGGCGCAGGGUUUGUGUGCCCGUCUGCGCUUGGCCAACUCCCUUCACCAUGAUGUGGAGCUUUUCUCUCUCCGGCUGCUCUUUCUGCUUUCUGCCCUGAGAUCAGACAUCCGGAGAGGACUGCGCCAGGAGUCAGACGCUGUGGAACUGCUCACUGGUGUACUCGAGCGCACCUUGGAUGUGCGUUGGACAGGGCCAUACGAAAUUGCGUGUCCUGACUCGCAGGUCCCGUCUAUUUCUCUAGAGAAGAACGAGAGGGCAAUGGAGUCGCUCAAAGCUCUCUUUAACAUCACCAUGUCUGACUCCAAUGAUCAGAACAACGACCACCAGCUGAGGCGUACUGCAGCCAUAAUGCGGCAUAUUCUAAUGCUGAGGGUUCAGACAGAGGAAAAAACAGAGGAAGUGCACAGUCAUGCCAUAAAUCUUCUAAGCAACCUUCCCGUGUCCUGUUUGGAUGUCUUGAUUGACGUGCCUGUACAAGGCGGACUUGAGGAAUAUGCUGGAAAGAACAUGGAUGUUGUGCAGGUGCUUCUGGACUUUAUGGAGAAAAGAAUAGACAAGGGAUCAAACUACAAAGAAGGCUUGACUCCAGUGCUGAGCCUGAUGACGGAAAGUUCCAGAUACCACAGGGAGAUUCGCAGAUACCUCAAAGCUAAGGUUUUGCCACCUCUUAAAGAUGUGAAAGUCAGACCAGAAGUGGGCAGCAUGGUACGCAACAAACUAGUACGCCUUAUGACCCACAUAGACAUGGGAGUGAAACAGGGGGCUGCUGAGUUCCUUUUCGUCCUCUGUAAGGAAAGUGUGGACAACCUUUUGAAGUACACUGGCUAUGGCAAUGCUGCAGGACUGCUGGUGGCUCGGGGGCUGCUGGCAGGGGGCAGAGGAGACACCGAAUACUCUCCUGAUGAGGAUUCAGACACUGAAGAGUACAAAUCAGCCAAACCAUUCAUUAACCCGAUUACAGGCCAUAUAGAGGAGCCAAUGCCAAACCCUAUCGAGGACAUGACUGAGGAGCAGAAGGAAUACGAAGCUCAGAAACUUGCAAACAUGAUUGGCGAGUUGUCAAGGCAGCAACUGAUCAGACCAAUGGGAGUGAGGAAGGAUGGCUCAUUAGCUCCCCUAGAGGAGGCGAUACACACAUGCAACGUUCCAGACAGAAGUGACUCGGACUCGGAUUAAAACGUUGUCACUUCCUCACUCACUGAACCUCCAUGAAGUCACCUCUGAUCUAAACGUUGUCCAUAGCUUGUGUUUGAAACCAAAUUGUUUGUGCCAGUGUGAUUUUUUUUUUUGCAAAUGAAUGACCAAACGUGGAGUCACAGUGUAGAAUCCAGGGGGCACGGACUAAUGUCAAGCACAAACAUAUCAACAGUGAUAAGAUAAUUGAGGCGCAAUGCUCCGUCACUUCCCUCUCAAUCGUACAAUUUACAAUAGAUCAUUGUUUUAUCUUUAUUUUAGAAACCAAACUAACAAGAAUUUUUGCGGUACAAAUA